AUGGCCGCCGCGAGAAGUAGCGGCACGAGGCUGGAAGGGGUUUCCGACGAACAGUCUUGGCCUGUCUUUUCACCUUUUCAGCUCAGCAAUGAAGACAAGCUCUCGGUGUGCAGCAAAUUGUGCUACGGCAUUGGAGGUGCUCCAAACCAAGCUGCUAGCAGUGCCACCUCUUUCUUUCUGCAAAUCUUUCUCUUAGAUAUAGCAAUGAUUACUCCAUUUCAUACUUCUUUGGUGCUUUUUAUUGGCAAAACAUGGGGGGCAGCAGCAGACCCUGUUGCCGGCUAUCUUAUUAGUAAAAGCAAACGGACCAAAAUUGGCCUACUAAUGCCUUGGUUACUGGGUUCUACACCUUUCCUUAUUGUGUCCUACUUCUUCCUGUGGUACUGCCCAAGCGCUAUAGAAGCAAAAGAUGUAUGGCAUAUGGCUUUCUUCUGCCUUUUCCAGGCAUUGAGUACACUAUUCCAUGUACCAUAUACAGCUCUCGUCAUGUUUUUGAGCGCAGACCAGAAGGAACGAGAUUCAGCAACGGCAUACCGAAUGGGAUUUGAAGGUCUUGGAACAUUGCUUGGAGCUACACUCCAGGUCAGUAUGGUCUCCGAUGCUCACAGCUCUGAACACUGUAACCAGAGUGUGGAUGACAUGGACUCUCCCACCAAUCUGUAUGGAAACAGUUCCACUGUUCCAGACAUGUCUGAGAACAAACAACUCUACAUGAUUGCAGGAGGAACAAUAUCAGCAUUAUACAUCGUUGGCUUUAUUGCCCUUUGCGCUGGAGUGAGAGAAAAAGUAGAUCCUUACGCCUUAAAAUCAGACCAACAAAUUCCCUUCCUUAAGGGACACAAACUUGCACUGAUGUGUGGACCAUAUGUGAAACUUGCAGCAUCAUUUCUCCUGAUUUCAACAGCUGUCCAGGUUGUACAAAACAACUUUGUCCUCUUUUGUUCUGAUGCAGCUAAUCUUCACAACCACAUCGAUUAUUUAGUGAUGAUUGUCUUGAUAUCUGCAUCACUGAGCGUUCCAUUCUGGCAAUGGUUUCUGAACAGGUUUGGCAAAAAGACUACAGCGAGUGGGAUAUCAUUGAUGAUUCCUGCUUCGACCUUGCUGGUGCUCUUGCCAGAACCGGCUGUUGCCUACUUUUCGGCUAGUGUUUCAGGGAUUAGCAUUGCAGCCUCUUUGCUGUUGCCAUGGUCCAUGUUGCCUGAUGUAGUCGACUACUUUCGGGUGCAGAAUCCUCAUUCGACAGGACAUGAAACCAUCUUUUAUUCUUCAUAUACCUUUUUUCAUAAGAUGUCAGCUGGGAUUGGACUAGGAAUUUCUGCGGCUAGUUUGAAUCUUGCAGGCUACAAAUCAGGGGUGUGCAAACAGUCUCACAGUGUUGUUAUCAUGCUGAAAAUCUUGGUUGGAGCAGUCCCAUCUCUUCUCAUACCAUUAGGCUUGUUUAUACUCAUUUUCUAUCCAAUCAAUGAAAAGACUCGACAGGAAACAAAAUAUGCCCUUGAAAGACGAAGGCAUCGUCCAAGCAUUCUCUGGGAGAAUGAAGAAAUCACUUCUCUUUGAAAGCUGGAAUAGCUUGUGGUAACGAAAACCUAACCAGGCAGCAGUGCUUUGUGGGAUAAAAAGCUGUUCCUUAUUCCACCGAAGCUUUAUUUCACGGAUGAUACACACAUCUAUUUAUCACGGCUACAUGAAUUCAAAACACAUUGUAAUUUGGAGCAUAGUUUGGAGAGGAAUGCUUAGAACCUGUAUGUAUAGAACACUAUUAUCAUACUGUGCAGCUCUGAGGAAAUUGCUUGCUGCUCUUUCCACUGAUCUACAGCUAUACUGAAGAUUGGAAAACAAGCUGCCUUCUAAGCAUCGUCCAAUGGUCUGUCUCCAAGGAUGGGUAGUCCUCAAACUUUCAACUAAGAGGUCACGUUAUCCAUGCCUACGCAGACUCUGUUCGUCAAACAAUCCCCUUUCACCAUUUGUUAUAAAUAACCGAUUAGAGCAAAAAUAAAAAUGGGGGAUCUUUUCUUC